UGCAAGAAUUCUCUGUUGUAUUGUGAUGAAAGUAUGGGUAUGAAUUUAUAGCUUGUAUUGACGGAGAAGUUAAUUAUUAAUUAAUGAAUCAAUAAACGUGUUAUUAUGGAUUAAAAUAUAAUUAUGAAAACGCGCAGUGCAGAUUGAUGACUGUAUUGGAAAGUUUGCGAUUCUAUUUUCGCAAAUCAUCUUAUAUUUAUGUUUUUGCCAAAAAUAUACACACGUUUUCAGAAAAAGCAUUUGACGGUCAAGUUCGAAAUUUAUUUUUCGAACGAAAAACGAAGAAGGCCAGUGGAAAUGCGCGCGCAUUGUUUUGCGUCCUUCGUAAGGGAGACAGCGACACCGUGAUUAUUGAGUUGAACAGGGACGGCGCUAACUUCAAAAUACGUUCGGUAGACACAUUAGACUGUGAAAAGACAAACGUAGAAGCAGUGUUGCACUUUUGCGUCUAAUAUCAAUAUCAUAAUUACUCAGCUGUUGUAGCGUAUUUAUGUGUAGCAUUUUGUGAAAUUCGCCCGUCUAAAUCAAAAGUGCAUGUCAGCAUGAGCGAAUUAACCCAAGAGGAGAUACGAAGACGACGGUUGGCCAGAUUGGCCGCCCUCGAGAACAAUUCGCCCUCCAACUCGACAUCACCACCGACGACACCGAUAUCUCAAUCGCCUCUUAAUAGCAUAAGGAUCCAGAGUCCCUCGCCGUCUGCCGACGAAAAGCCAAACAAAGACAUCAAUGAGGAUGUCGAAAGCGGCGAAGGCAGAUUUCAGAUACCCACAAAACCGAUCGACAUGCCUUCUAGUUCGACCGCCAGAGAUUAUCGGCGGAAUCCGCCGCAAAGAAGCGACUCGGAGACCAGUUCAACUCAUAUGGAGGUGGACGAGGCAGGCGGUUGUGUCGAUAAGACUGCUAAUACGGAUAUUGAUUCCGGAAUUGAAAACAUGGAGGUAGAAGAAUCUGACACCAAAAAAGACUUAUCGAGACAGCGAACAAUAUCCUCCUCGGAAAUGUCGGACGACCAACUACACGCGGUAAUUAGUCGCGUCUUAAAUGUAGCGUACAAAGAAAAUUCCGAUGAAAGCUUAUACCUACCCCACACUGCCGAAGUCUUAAGUGACAGUAUUUUAAGUACAACUGACCUAAUUUCACAAUGUUUAGUUGAGAUACUAUUCCACAUCGCUGGCGGUAACAACCCUUUUAAAAAACUAGUACAAAACGCCGACCAAGGCGAUUCGAGUAGCGUCAAUUCUUUCUCUACGAGUCCCGCUCAAAACGCAAGUCCAUCGAAUAGUCCAAUCUUCAACUGCCCAACUCCACCCCUGCCGUUACUCGACGAAAUUUGCAAUGGCGAAACGACACCGCAGUCGGUUGCCUUGAAUUACUUAAUGAACUGUUAUAUUCGCGUAUCCGUCGAAGAACGCAACCAUCCGAAAAAGUCGAGCGUGCCACCGUUCUCCGAACUGUUAGCCGAUCUACGAUCGCAAAUCGUACAUCACACCGCCUUAAUCCUACAAGGUCACAUCAUCCCCGUCGAAAAACAAGCGAAAUCCUCCCUUCUGGAUCCUCUUCUAAAACAAACACUUCCGCGCGGCUUCAUUUCGGAACUAGUUCUACGAACUUAUACCACAUCGAACACAUUCUCUAGAAUUUUUAGCCCGCUAUUACAAGAUCUCUUCAAUUUAAUGGAAUACGCCAGCAUUGUCGGCAACGAACAUCGACAGCCUAUCCAGAUUUUAAGCGAACUCGUCGAGAUCCGCUGCGGCCCGACCGGCAACAUAAGGCCGUUAUGCCGGCUAAUAACGGAGCAGGCCCAGUUUCUGCCGAAGACCACGACCCAAUCGCCGGGGCGCGAACUGACGAGGACCUCGUUUCUGGGCCCGUUCUUGUCGGUCUCCGUGUUUGCCGACGACGAACCGAAAGUCGCCGAGAAGUUCUUUUCGGGGAACACAUCCAGCGACAAAACGUUAAAUCACACGUUGCAGCACGUGCUGGAGCACGCCAGGGUCGUAAUGCACAAAUUGUGCCACGAUAUACUGGCCAAUUCGACUAGUCGCGACUCCAUGUUGACGUAUCUAAGCACGCUGUUGAAGCAAAACGAGAAGCGCGCCCAAAUUCAGGCGGCAAGCAGGACAUUGGCGGGUGAUGGGUUCAUGCUGAACCUCUUGAGUAUACUGCAGAUGUUGGCGGUGAAAGUGAAAUUGGACAAAAUCGACUUUUACUAUCCGUUCCAUCCCAAUUCCGUCAUAGACAUUAAAAAUCAAACUCGACUCAAGUUCACUUCGCAAGAGGUCACCGAUUGGAUUGAGGGUUUAGAAAAAACACAUUCGUGGGCGGAGGCGAAGUUUCCCACCCAGUGCUGGUUCCUAACUUUACAUUGCCAUCAUCUCGCUUUGAUACCGACAUUGCACAAGUACCAACGAAGAUUGCGUGCAAUACGCGAUAUUCAGAAGCUGCUGGACGAGACGAUAGCGGGCGAGAUACAGUGGCGAGACACGCCGUUUGCGCAUCGAAACCGUUUGUUUAUUCGCAGGUGGAAGCAUCAAAUUCGGAAGCUCAAUAAGUCUAAAGCUUGCGCAGACGCGGGAUUGUUAGACGACAAUCUUAUUAGACGUUCGCUCAUCUUUUACACGUCGGUCGCCGAGUUCCUACUGUGCUUGAUGUGUAACGUAUCGCCAGGCGAUCCCAGACCCGCUUUACCUCUUACCGCGACCGUACCGCCGGGUUUCGCCGCGCUGCCCGAAUGGUACGUGGAAGACAUAGCCGAAUUUUUGCUAUUCGCCUUGCAGUAUUGCCCGAUGAUUAUCGCAGACAACAUGGAGGAUUCGUUAAUAACAUGGAUACUGAUAACGAUAUGCUCCUCCAAUAGCAUUAAAAAUCCCUACUUAGUGGCCAAAAUAAUUGAAGUUGUUUUCGUAAUUAAUCCGAAUAUACAACCUCGAACUGAAUUGUUGUAUUCUCGUUUUAUGUCUCAUGAUAUAUCUCAGACUGCUUUACCGAGUUGUUUAAUGAAAUUUUAUACUGACGUCGAAACCACAGGGUCUAGCUCGGAAUUUUACGACAAAUUUUCUAUUCGCUAUCAUAUCAGCUUAAUUAUUAAAGGAAUGUGGAAUUCGCCCAUACAUCGAGAGUCUUUAAUAAAAGAAUCGAGAAGUGGCACACAAUUUGUUAAGUUUAUCAAUAUGCUAAUGAACGACACAACCUUCUUAUUGGACGAAUCGUUGGAGAGUUUGAAGAGAAUUCACGAAGUACAAGAGUUGAUCACUGACGAAGUCAAUUGGGCGAAAUUGACGCCUGAGCAGCAACAGAAUCGCAUGCGCCAACUGAGCGCCGACGAAAGGCAAUGUCGUUCUUAUCUUACCUUAGCAAAAGAGACUGUCGAUAUGUUCCAUUACUUAACUGUAGAUAUUAAGGAGCCUUUCUUGAGGCCCGAGUUAGUCGAUAGGUUAGCUUCUAUGCUCAAUUUUAAUUUGCAACAGCUGUGCGGUCCCAAAUGUAAAAAUUUAAAAGUCCGCAAUCCGGAUAAGUACGGUUGGGAGCCUAGACGAUUACUAAGUCAACUCGUCGACAUCUACUUGCAUCUUAACUGUGAUCAAUUCGCCGCCGCGGUUGCCAGCGAUGAGCGGUCUUUCCGUAAGGAAUUGUUUGACGAUGCGGUGGUUCGAUUGGAACGUUCGCUAAUAAAAACGCCCUCGGAAAUUUACGAGUUUAAGGCGUUCUCGGCCAAGGCGACUCAGAUUCGCGUCGAUAAUCAGAAGUCCGAGGACUGGAUGGCGGACGCGCCCGACGAAUUCAAGGAUCCCCUCAUGGACACUUUGAUGACGGAUCCGGUGCUGUUGCCGAGCGGGCAGGUCAUGGAUAGGGCGGUCAUUAUGAGACAUUUGUUGAAUAGCAGUACGGAUCCGUUUAAUCGGCAGCCAUUAACUGAGGACAUGUUACAGCCAGUGAACGACUUAAAGGAAAGGAUCAAGAUAUGGAAACUGGAACGUUCCCGUUCAAACCAUUAAAUUUUGUGAUUUGAUUACGACCCCCUCUGUACAUAACUGUUAUAAUAAUUGUUUUAUAGAACACGAUUUCAUUUCUGAUGUUCUGACGGGUCGUACUCGAACCGUAUGGUCGAUCUCACUUGUAAAUAUCCGAAUUUGCAUUUUUAAUUUAUACAAAAGCUAUUCUGGCAGAUGUUUUUCACGCGCGCGCAGAGAAACGUUUUGUUUAGUUGAUAAAUUGUUAAAAUAAGUGCCACCGUGCGGGUGGCCUGGGAGGCGUAUCCUUGAAAAUUUACAACGGAGAAAGUUCUAGUUCAAUCUUGUUAUCACUUACGCUUUUCGGUUUGAAAGUGGUAUCGUUACGUUACGAUAAGCAUUAAUUAUUUGAAAGUUUUAUGUACAGUAUGUUAGAACUAAUUGAACAAAAUGAAUUUGUGAUUAGGAUAAUCUUUUUAUAUGAAAUGAUAUCAUGUUUUAAGUGGUGGUAAUAAAUUACAAUUUGUAGUA